CGGAUAUGGGCCAUUUGGUCACGUGUCUCGGUUGGCUAAACGUUGACACUUUCGUACAGUUGACACUUUCUUACAGUUGGCGCUGGAAUGUGUUUCAAAGUUUGCAGUGAGACUACUGGAAUGUUGCUCACAUGAAUGUUGCUCACAUGAAUGUUGCUCACAUGACGACGGCGCUAACAAGUGACCCCCACCAGUGGUCCAUGCAGUGAGCAGUGAGCAGUGAGCGUUGGCCCUGAUGGAGAGUAGCUGGCGUGUGCCAGUGUUGUGUUGUCGUCCUCGUGUGUUGCUGCUACACACACUCUUCUGGUGCCUCGUGGCCCUCAGGGUGUUUGGAGCUGCCCUGCUGGCUGAAGACAAGACUGCAGCGGUGGUGGCCCCCUGCUGGCUGCUGGAGGAGUUUGUGGUGACCAGCGAGUGUUCACAGUGUGGUGCCUUCCAGACGAGGACCAGGGCGGCGUGCGGACACACAGGUUACGUGGAGCGCGUCAACUGUACCAAGUCCAACAAAGACGACUACAAGAGCUGCCGCUCCGCCUCCAUGGAGGAACAUCUCUUCUGGAAGUUUGAGGCGGCCAUGUUGGCGGUGACGUCGCUCAGUGCCAUGGUUGUGGUCGCACGCCAGCGAUGGCUCGAUCGCCUCGCCUCAGAGAAAGUUCGCAGACAGAUCGAGUCCAUAUGAGAGCUUCAAGGCCAUCUGUAAAAACCAUAACUUUAUUUCAAAUCUUGUCAGCUGCUCAUCACAACGGAUAAAAAAACUGUUGAUGACAUGACUGCAGUGUCCCGGUGUCUUUGAACACAGCAUCAGCUUGUUGUUUAGGUUGAUGUUCGUCAUAACAAAUAAAACAUGUUGACAUCACCGCAACGUCCCAGUGUCUCUGAACGCAGCAUUGGCUUGUCAAAACUGUUGGUGGUAUGACUGUUGAACGCAGCACCAGCGUGUUUGAACUGAUGCUCCAAAACAUGUUGAUAUCAUGCAAUAUCCCAUUGUCUUUGAACGCAGCACCAGCGUGUUUGAACUGAUGCUCCAAAACAUGUUGAUAUCACUGCAAUAUCCCAUUGUCUUUGAACGCAGCACCAGCGUGUUUGAACUGAUGCUCCAAAACAUGUUGAUAUCACUGCAA